AUGGGUCGCCCGAAGCCUAUUGCUGUAGAUCUUUUAGCCGACUUACCUGCCGAUGUUGAUGCUAUUCCAGCUCAAUCCAUGCCCUCUCCAAAGCCCAAAAGAAUCAAAAAGGCUCAGCUCAAGGCCAAAGCCGCUGAGGUUGAGGCUGAGGAUGCUCUGCCCAUCUCUCAAUUGGCCGAGAAUAGAAAGAGUACCUCUACUUCUGCCAAGAGGUCUGCUGAGGCCCAACCAUCAGGAUCCACUCAAUCAAAGAAGCUGAGGUCAUCGUCUGUGACGACCUCGGGUUCCAAGAAAUCCGAUGUCCCUUGGGCCCCCAAGUUGACUUUGGAGGAUAGGCCAAUUAUGUCAACUGAGAGUGCCGACGACAUUAAUGCCGAGGCUGCCAUUAAGGCCCAACAGAUGACCGAAGAAAAAGCGGAGUCUGCUGAAGCCAUCAAAAAAGUUACCGAGGCCAAGAAGAAAGAUGCCGAGGUAAAAAAGGCUCAAGCCGAAAAAGAGCUCGAGCAGGCCCUGGCCACUAAAAACGCCGAAAUUACUGAAGUAGAUGAAAAAGCUUACACCCAAGGAAUGGCCGAUGUUGCUGAGGACUACAAACUGCAAGCUGAAGCUAUUCCUCUACCAUUCCCUCCUCCUGCUCCAUCUUCAAGUCAAGCUGAAGAUGAGGCAGAUUCUGAGGCUGAUGAUGAAGAUAAUAAUGAAGAUGAGGCCUUGGGCGAUGAGGUUGGGGAGGCGCCUAGGGAAGCUGUUACAGGGAUACUAUCAUCCAACCUCCUUUUAGCUGAAAGAAGUCUUGACAAAACGCUUGCAGAGAUCGAUGCCGAGCUUGAAGCAGAAAAGAUUGUCGAGGAGGUUCCGCCAGAAUCUUCCGAGGUCCCAGCACCUCCAGCUGUUAAUGCUGAAGAAUCCUUAUUUGAAUGUCUUUAUUUCCUUGCCUUUUUUAUACUCUGUUUUGUUUUCUGA